AUGAAACUCUCAAGAAGCUUUUCGAUAUGCGCCCCAAAAAUCAUUAAGAAAAUCCCAAACCAUAUCAAAAAAUCAUCCUUCUCCAGAUCCUUAAGCUGUCAUAUUCAGCAUCAUUCCAAGAAGCCAUUGCUAGGUUCCGGAGAGACCUCCGACGGCGCCGCCGCAAGGAACGCCAAGGUUCCCAAAGGCUUCAUCGCCGUCUACGUGGGCCCCGACUUCCGACGCUUCAUCAUUCCGGUACGGUUCUUGGCCAUGCCUGACUUCACCGCCUUGAUGGAAUCCGUCGCCGAAGAAUAUGGCUGCGAUCAUCACGGCGCCAUUCACAUCCCCUGCGACGAAGACUAUUUUGAGCAAAUUUUGACCUCCUGUUCCCACCGAAAACGGGCCCUCCUUCCUCCUAAGAAACUUUCCGACAUCCCAAUCAUAAGUAGCCAUUGA